AGUUCCGCUCUGGGAGAAGUGCAGCCUCACUGCGGCUCAGCUGACUAUUUACUGCUGCACUUUAUAACAACUCUGCAGGAUCAAUUUGACUCCACACUGGCACAGAUAUUUGUGAACGAAGACAGAGUUCACAGCCCAUCUUUUACCUGAAAUAACAAGACAGACGUGAGAAGGCGUCAGCUGUAAAACCAUGAGUCACCUCAACCCGGGUCUCAUCUCAGCCUAUAACAGCCUCACAGACAAACACCUAGCUGGAUACUUCAGCAACACUCGCAUCAGGAGGCAUCUACAGAGAGCUGGACUGAUCACCCGGAGCGGGCGUAUUGUUCCAGAUAAGGAGUACAGGCACAAGCUGGUCCAGAGAGCCCACCAGAGACACGUUCGAGAAUGCCUGGCCCAGGCCAUUUUCCACAAGGUGCUGGAGAUGGAGCGUGUCCAUCAAAUCGAGAUCAAAAGGAAACUGGAGGAGUUUGCAAGGAGGGAAAGAGUGCACAAGAUCAAGGUUGAACGCUCUAAAAGAUAUGAAGAAGAACUCAUUCGCAUCCUGUCUCCACGCCCGCCAACGGGUGCUCGGAGCAUCCGAAAACAGCACUCUGGGCCAGAAGGGGAGCACUCUGAAUCCUCUGAGUCUCCGGGCUCCUCUCGUCCCAACACGGCUCCAGGGAAGAUGCAGAGGCCGGUGCGCCUGAAGCCAAUCCACAGUAACAGCACCACAGCCUCUCUGAGACGCAGCUCCCCUUACAGACACCAUGAGUCCUCCACUGAGAACAACCAGCCAUUCAACUGCACUGUGUACAGAGAGUCCCGUAGACAAUUUAACACAACAGAAGCCCCCAAUGGCCUCUCACCCUACUGCCUCCCAGUCAUCAACAACUUUGUCACCCCUGUGCCUCCACCUACCAAAAGAAAAGAGAGGGGUUUAAAGGUCAAUCCCAGCGGCACACUAAGAGGACGUAGACUGCGACCUACUACCGCCUCUAGUGGAGCCGACAUCAUCGAGGACCCCCCUAUGCUGAGGAGCUCUGUGCACCAGAGUAGAGUAUGUGUGAACAUGAUGUACUGCGGCAAAACGGUUCAUCUCUCCCACGACCUGAGCGACAUGAGGGAUGAGAUCAAGGUGUUUCAGCAACACUGUGGAGGAGAGAACCUGUGUGUUUAUAAGGGCAAGCUUCGCGAGGGAGAGACUUUCCAGUUCAUUUCAAGGCGACACCGAGGGUUCCCCUUCAGCUUGACUUUCUUCCUGAAUGGGCUGCAAGUUGAGAGGCUUAGCUCCUGCUGUGAGUUCAAACACAGGAAGGGCUCCAGGCUCGGAGGCAGGCAUGGACACUUUGGCUUCUGCAGUGUAGAAGGCGCUUCUCCCUGCUACAAGUGCAUCAUAGCCAUGGGACUGGACAAAAAGCCUACUCCUCCACCAAAGAGGGUCAAAGAGGAUCAAGGAAAAGAGGAGUCAGCCAUCACCCUAAAAGAAGCUCCUGAGAUGAGAACAGAGAGGAGGGGAUCCCAUUCAGAGUAUGAAACCAGCCCACCACAGGCUGACACAGAGAUGCAGGUUAAAGGGGAAAAAGCAGCUGAAGCCAGAGAUGAUUAUGAGGAAGACUUUGAGGCAGACGAUGAAGGUCCUGCAGAAGAUACAGAGGCAAAGGAAAGAAAACCGACAUCUCCAUCUGUUGACACGGAGAGGAAGGCGAAAGAGAGAGAAGACUCUGAGACUGAAGAUGACAAUGAGAAGGAUGACAUAAAGUCACGUUCAGGUUCCAGCUUAUCUGGCAGUGAGCGGGCGGACAGUGACACUGAAACCACUACAAGAGAAGAAGACAAAACAGAACAACCCACAGAGGUGGAUGAAGAGGAAGCUGCUGUUCCACCAGAUGAAAAAGAUGAUCCACAACCAGAAGAAGACCCCACAACUGAGGCAGAGCCGGCUGCACCUAAAGACUCAGACGUACCAAACAGUGCAGGGGAGAGCACGGAGAUAGACAUCUCUGACACCAGCGUCCCGUCUGGCAACAAGAAUAAACAGAGUGACGACACCUCAGGGGAAAAGGAGGUGGAUAUAAUGGUACAUGAGAAUAAACAAGAGGAGGAACAGGAGAGGGCCAAAUCUGUGCAGGAGAAGCUUGCAGAGGCGAUACUGAAGGAGUCCCAGUGCAGCUCUGAGCCUGAACUGAGCGACACCAGCACGGAUGACACUGUCGAGUCCACUGGGAGAGGCUGUGACCGGGAUCACAAGGAUGCAACUGCAGAGAAAAGAGUGGCAUUGAUAGAAGAACCAAAGACUGACGAAGAGGAGAGGAAAUGUGAGGAAGGUGUUGUUGCUUUAGCUGUAGCUGUGGCUGUGCUGGAUCAGGAAACCAUGCUCGAGCAAAAACAAGCAGAAGACACUAAACAAGAACCGCCAGAGAACAGUGAAACUACUGAAGAAGAGGAGGUCAAAGUAGAGGAGGAAGAUAAAAAAGUUGCAUUAGAAGAGGACGAAACCCCAGCAGAGGAAAGUAAAUCAGAUGAAAAAGAAGUCGCAGCUGUAGCUCUGCUUGCUGUGUCUACAGAGGUAACUUUCGAGAAUAACAAGACCCCAGAAGCUCAAGAAGAUGUAGCAGGUAAGGCUGUUGAUGCCUCAGAGCAUAAGGAGGAAAAUGAGGAGAAGGCUGCAGGGGAGGCCGACAUGCAUCCCAAAGAGACAGGGCAAGGGGCAAAAAGCAGCAUGGAGGAUGAGUCAUCGGUAUCAGAGUCGAAUAAAGAGACUGAUGAGACAGCAGUGACGGAUACUGCGGAGGCGGAGGCGAUGACAGCGAGCGAGACAAUGGAGAUAAAAGCGGAGCCCUCAGAGGAGCGAGAGGCCCUCAGCUGUGAAGAGGCACCUGUAACUGGCACAGAGACGAGUCAGCUGGGAGACGACGAGGACGGAGCCGCGGCAUCAAAAACUGAAGUCACUGAGGGGAGCGGAGACACCCCAGAUGAAAAAACUGCAGAUACAAGUGAAGAUGAUGCAAAAGAGGAGAGUGUUAAAUAUAUUCAAGAAGAGCUGUUGUUAGCGCUAGAGGCUUGUGAGGAUGACAAUCAACAGGAUAGUGGAGAUCUGAGAGAAGAGCAGACUGAAAAUUCUGAUGAGAAAGAGGAGGGGAAAUCUGAAGAGGAAGGGAAGGAAGAAGAAAAGAAAACAAAUGCAGAUGAGACAACAGAGAGUGAACAUGUUGAGGAAAGUGAAAUGCAUGCUAAAGAUCGAACAGAAGAAGAGACGAACAUUGAGAGUAAGACAGAGGAAAAGACAGAAAAUGUUUCAAAUGAGGAGCAGGCUGAGAAAACCCACAGUGAGGAGAAAAGAUGUGAAAAAGAAGAGAAGGCUGACCCAUCAGAAAAGACAGAGAAUGAUGAGGAUGGUGACUGUAUCAAGAAUAAAAACGACGAGGAAGAACUGAUAGAAAAAGCAGCCGCAGCUGUAAUAAUAGCUAAUGCAGCUGAGACAAUCACAGCUGCUGAUGAACAAAAGAAGGAUCAGAUAGUGAACAAAGUGGAUCAAAGUGAGACAGUAAAGACUAGAGAUCAUGAAGAAUCUCAAGAGACAAAGGUGGUGACUUAUACGACUGUGGAGGUGGAAGAAAAAUCUGAGAAGGAAAAAGAGCCUAGAAAAAGGACAGACGCAGACGUGGAUGAAGAUAGUGUGAAAGAAUCAGAUGACAAUGUUGAGUCAGAGGCUGCAGUAAAUGCAGCACUUGUGACUGUAAUGACAGCAGAGAUGCUAAGUACAAUAGAAGCUGAAGAUGUAGUGAACAAAACUGACAACAAUGAAAAGGGAGAUAUUAAUGCUGAAAAUGGAGAGAUUUCUACUGGAGAAGAGAGUCAACCUCAGGAGGUUGAAGGAGAGGCUCAAACUGAGGGAGAAAAUGGUGUUGUAACAGCAGAGCAAAUGGAAAAUGAGAGAAAAACAGAAGAACAGAGGGAAGAUGAAGUAACUGCAGAGUCUGUAAACUGUGCUGAAAAACAUGAAAAUGUCAGCGCUCAGGCUUCUGACAGGGCUGAGGCUGAAACUGAAGCUAAAGAGGAGGAUGACAAUGUAGAAAAGCAGGAUCAAUCUGGCCAAAAAGACUCAGAGCUGGAGGAAUCAGGCGCUGAUUUAAAAGGGGAAUCUGAAUCUGACAUAAUGCAAGAUGUUGAGGAAACAAAACAAGAUGAAAACGCCAAUUUAUCUGAGGCUGAUUAUGAAAACAGAGAGAUCAAAAAGAGCAACAGCCAGGAAAAUAUCAACGAGGUGAUAGUGUUUUCCUCAGCUGAUCAGGUUCAGUCUACAACACCUACAGCUGCAGAUUCAGAUGAGACACCUCUGAAAUCAGAGAGGUCCACUGCCCUGUCCGACAACCACAUGCACAAGCACCCAAACACAGACGACAACACUGCUGCCGCUGACCUCUCUGCUGCAGAUGGAGAAAACGGAGACACAGAGGAGGCCAGCAAGGCCUCUGAGGAAGGAGCAAGCGUCCUGCUUAAGCCUCAAGCUCAGUCAGAACAACCAACACAAGAAAAUGAGGCUGAUAAAACAGAGGAGAAGGCUGCUGUAGUUGAAGAAACUGCAGAUGUUUUAGCCAGAGAGGAUCUGGUCACAAACUGGGUAAAUGUGCAUCAAACAUCCAAGUUUUUUGAGACAUUUGUUGAACCUAUGGAAGACUUGAAGGAAGUGACUACAGAAGCAAACUCUAAGGAAGAAGUGACACAACCUACAGAGCUACAGAGAUCAGUGAGUCUUCUUAAGGGGUCUGAAACUGUGGAACAGGAACACGCACAAGAUGUGGAUGAGUCAGUGGACAAAAACAAAGAGGAAAGCAAUGAGUUAGACAUAGAGAGUGAUGGUAAAGACGGUGAACCAUGUAAAAAGGACCAAGAAAAAGAUGCACCACAAGUAGAAGAAGAAACGGAGGUUCAAGGCUUUAUUCUGAAAACAGAGAGUGAGCUGAAUGAGCCUCUUGAUGGGCAGGAAAUUAGGUCAGAAGAUCUCAGAGGGAGACAGGGCUCUUUGGAGGAAGACAAAGCUGAAGAGGCUACACCGCAGGAUAACACAGAUCAGGCAGAUGUUUCUAAAACAGUCGUGGAAAGCAUCGCUAGUGCACCUGUUUCAGUCACCAGUGGCAGACCUGAGAGCAUCCCAGAGAACCAAACGGAGGAAAAAACUGCUGAUGAUGCCGAAUUGAAUGAAAAACCGACAGCUGUAGAAGAAGUGACCGAUCUGUCUGCGUCCAAGACAGAAGAGCAACCACAGCACACAGACGCAAGUCUAGAUUUCAAAGAUAAGGAUGAAAUGUUGGAAAAAAGUCGGGAAGUUACAGAAAUAAGUGAAUUGACAGAGUCCAGAUCAGACGACAGCAGCCAGAAGGAGCCACAUCAUGAAGAGAUCAAAUCAAAACAGUCAGACGCAAAUGUCAAUGGAGAGAAGAGAGACCUGCAGCUGAUCCAAGACAUCACACACACUCUGAGUAAAGAGCGGCUGAGCACUUUCUCAGUGGAUGAAACGCUGUUUGGUCCAGGUUCGUACCCUUUGCUGGCUGCAGCACAGACAGACAGUGGACAUUAGAGCAAAGGUACAGUGAUGCUUCACUUGUUUCUGUCAUUUCUUACAAAUAAGAAAGAGAAAGUUUUUGCACAGUUAGACAAUCAGGUUGAGGAGACAUAAUCUCAGUUUUGACAGAGGCUCUCAAGUGUCUCUGCUGGUUUCGUGUUUACACCACAACGACUCCUUGAAUGGUCUUCAUCCUUCAGUCACAAAAAGGAAGCAUCAUAAUGAGUUUUGACUGCUGCAUGAAAUGUUUACAAUAGAUCAUCUCUUCCUUUAGUUGCUAACAAAGGGCCUCACAUGGUUUCAGUGAGGUAUCAAGUACAGCCGCUAUCAUCUAUUACAUGUAAACAGACACCCCUCCACUCACACACACAAAUGAUUCAAUAAUUCAUAGAUGUCCAACUCCCGCAGUUUUAGUUGGCACACUUUAUAUUUCCACUGACUGUGCACAAGCAUGGUGUUAUAGUGCCUUAGCUGUUACCAGAUAUGUCUGUGUUAAUGUCAAUUUGAGUAUUUACCUGCCUAAACGUUCCCAUUUGUGAAGAUGAUAUCCAAACAUUGAUGCAGUCAAUAGUUAGGCUGCUAAUUAGUGAAAGAACACAUUGUGAAUGUCAAAUGUAGGCACUGCUGUGUGUCAUUAUUGCUGCUAACACUACCUCCUCAUUCAAAAAUACAUUGAAUAUUCAUUUGUA